AGUGGCGGCCAUAUUUAUUCUGUCAAAUUGUGUAAAAAACUCAUCGGCUUUUUCUCAAACACGAAAAAAUAUUUCACAUUUACAGCUUACGCCUUUUUACAACCAAAAAAGAAAACUUAAAUUGAUUUUAAAUUGUUAAAAUGUCUUUCAGUGGUCAAUCUAAUCCACCAUGGCAACGAAACUCGAUGAAUAACUCAAUGCAAGGCAUGGGGUUUAAUCAAAACUCCCAAAUGUUUAUGAAUCAACAAUCGAGCCAGCAAAACCAAAACAUGCAAUAUAAUCAAAUGAAUAGUGGUAAUAUUAACCAAAUGUCGAAUAAUCAAGUGUUUCAGCAACAACAAGGAGUUGCAUACCCAUCUCGUACGGGUCUGAAUCCGGUUGCAUUUCAGAAUUCCAAUUCUGGUUCGAGUCAAAAUCAGCAAAACAUGAAUAUGCAUGGCCAGAAUCGUCAAAACUACAAUUCAAUGGGUACUGUCACCAAGAUAAGCAAUGAUUGCGGUUUGAUAAACGAUGAAGUGCUAUUCUACAAAAUUAUAUGCAAGGGUGUUAUUCCCAAAGUUGGAGAUCGUGUUUUGUUUGAAUCGAGUUAUAGUACAACCUCUCAAUUCAAGUGGAAUGCUACGAGAGUUCAAUUGGUUUCGCAAACUGGUUCGCAGAACAAUCAAGCACCUCCACCACCCUUGAUGGGACAAAAUGUUAAAUCAUCGUCUGGGUAUAAUGCUGUUCCGCCGCCAGUUGAAUAUAGAGCACUGGCUGCUAGUCAGAGAAGGGGAUCUCCGUCAAGGCGUGGUUCUCCUGGCAACGAUCGUCACUCUAAUCGUGACCGAAAGGAGUCAAAUAGGGGAAGGGAUCGAAGUGAACGCAGCGAUUUUGAAAAUGAUCGCAAACGUCGCAGAGAUGAAAGUCCAAGGCCUCGAGAUCGUGAUAGACGCAGUGACCAGGAUAAACGUGAUGUUAGUCUUGAUAAAAAAGACCGUGAUCGCAGCCCAGUAAGACGAUUGUCUCCAAAAAGGCGAAAAAAUAGACCAAUCCCACGUUAUGUUGUUCAAAUUCCAAAAACAUUAUUAACAUUCAAAAGUGGUGGCGUACAAGAAAUUAAAAGACGUUAUUCCAAUUUAUAUAUUCCGUCAGAUUUCUUUCACACUAAAGUCAAGUGGUCGGAAACAUUUACACCGGACAAUCCGUUUUCCAUGCGACGUCCAUGCUCGUUUCAUAUAUCUCACAAGAUUGUAGAACCUUUGAAUGAAGUUAAAGCUCUUAUUGAGCCCGAAGAUGCUGACUAUUUGUUUUCGGCAAAAGUAAUGCUUAUGGGUUGUCCGCCAUUAUCUGAAUUAUAUCAGAGAUGUUUCAACCAAGAUGAACAUGACGAUACACAUAAUUGUGUUCAUCCAUCUCGGCUGAUAAACUUUUUGGUCGGAACAAGGGCACGUAAUGAGCCAAUGGCAAUUGGUGGUCCAUGGAGUCCAUCUUUAGAUGGUGAAAAUCCAGAUAAAGAUCCUGCAGUUUUGAUAAAGACCGCUAUAAGAAGUUGCAAGGCUUUGACAGGAAUUGAUUUGUCCAACUGCACACAAUGGUACCGCUUUGUGGAGCUCUACUACCAUCGUGGCGAUUACACAAGCAAAGGAAAAACAAUACCUUCGCGGGUGGAAACUGUUGUUAUCUAUCUCCCAGAUAUACAUUCUUGUAUGCCGACCCGGUCUGAAUGGACAUCCCUUGCUGCUGACUAUAAAACUGCUGCAACAAAUCAUCUUAAUCGUCUUAAAAAUGCUGCUCAACAGUCAACUUCUACUGGCGCCGCCUCAUCAGAGGAAGUAAAAUCAACAAAAGAAGCUGAUGAAGCAGCUAAUGUUCCUGAUUCUGCAACAUCGUUGGCAAAUUUAGGUGGAGACGCUGCAAACAAUCAAACCGAUGAAAAUGGAACAGAGAAGGAAGAUAAUAAGAAAGAACCAACACAUUAUUCAAAAUUAGAUCUAAAAACUAUGAAAAUACAGGAAUUACGUGAUGAGUUAGAAGCCCGUAAUUUAUCCUCUAAAGGUCUUAAGCCACAGUUGUUGGCUCGUUUGACAAAGGUAGUGGCAACUGAAAAAGAACAAGAAACAGAAAAGGAAAAGGAAAAAGAACAAGAAAAAGAACAAGGAAAAGAAAAAGAAAAGGAGAAAAGUGAUAGCGAUAAAGAGGAUGAUGACUCUAAAAAAGCUAAUGAUGGAGCUGAUGAUGCUGAAAUGAAAGAUGAUGAUGCUGAUGCCGGAAUAGAAGUUGAUAUGAGUGAUAUCGUUAUAUUGGACGAAUAUGAUUCUAGCAAAAAUCAAGAUGGUGAAAAUCAAGAAAAGGAACAGAAUAAGGAGUUAGAUGAAAAAGAGCGCAAACAAUUAGAACGUCGUUACGUUCUUCCAGACGACCCGCAUGUUAUAGUACAUCCUUCUAAAACUGCUAAGGACGGAAAGUUUGACUGUACCGUAAUGUCCUUGUCUGUCCUAUUGGAUUACCGUCCCGAUGACACUAAAGAAAGAUUUUUCGAGGUUUCUCUGUUUGCUGAACUUUUUAAUGAAAUGUUGAUGAGAGAUUUCGGAUUCAAUAUAUUCAAAGAGUUGUAUUUCCACAAAGACCCAGUCUCCGAAAAAGAAGAAGCUAAGAAAGAUGAAAGCAAAUCAAACGAUGACGAUGAAAAGUCUAAAGACAGCAACAGCCAAGACCAAGCUUCUGAAAAAAAAUCUACAAGUGAAAGCGAGAAAAGAGAUAAAAAUGCUCGUGACCGUCGUGUUUCGAAAAAACCUGCAGACGAAGAUACUGAAGACGAGAAUUUCUCGGUACACUCUAGUGACCGAAAGAAGAAAUCCGAUAAAAAAAUGUGUAUUGUUAAGCCACAUCUUAUGCUUUCGUUUAUCUACUUCGAUACUACCCAUUGCGGAUAUAUUUUUGAAAAAGAUUUGGAGGAGCUAUUUUCUAUUCUUGGUCUGAGUCUAUCACGCGCAGAAAUUCGAAAAGCCCUCUCAAAGACGGUUUCUCGACAUGCAUUGUAUUAUAGGAAACUGACCGAUGCGGAGGAAAAACCCGAAAAUACUGUAAAAGAUAUCGACGCAGAUGAAGAGUAUCCAAUAGAAGAACUGAAGCGAAUUGCAUCUGGUAAUAACUGCUUGUUACCCGUUUUUAAAAGCUCUCGCGAUGAUAUUGAUGAGGAAAGCACUAAAGGUGAAGUUCAUACUGAAAAUGAUGGCAUGGUCACUCACAAUGGAGUGUUGGUGCAUGUUGGCAAAUUAUUUGAACAAAAUAAACGUUACGAAAAAUCAUAUUCGGAGUUGGAGCAAAUGUAUAAUGAUAUACAGAAACAACAUGUAGAACUCCAAGCAAGCUAUUCCAAGGUCAACAAUAAAACUAAAGAUCUUCAGAGUGAAGUCAAAAGUCUUUUAAGAAAACUAAGUGAUGCCGAUCAAGAUUUGUUUACAUUAAAUAGAAAAUAUAGUGAUCAGCACUCGGCAUUGAUGUACUGUUAUGACAAGUUAGCUCCAUUCGUACCAAGAUCUGAUAAGAAUCACAAAACGAGUGAUGGGUCACGUGAUCGAGAUAGUACUAAAGAAAAGAAGGAAGAAAAAGAGAAGGAGAAAAAAGAAGAAAAGGAGAAGAAGGAUGAAAAGGAGAAGAAAGAUGAAAAAGAGAAAAAAGAUGAAAAGGAGAAGAAAGAAGAUAAGGAAAAGGAUAAGAAAGAAGUAAAAGAAAAGCCAGAAGAAAAGGUGGACAAAGAAAAGCAACCGAGUGAAAAAAUUGAAGUUGAAAAGGUUCAAAAAAUAGAAAUUGAUUGAACAAAAAGUUAUACAUAAUUCUUUAGAUUUGCUUAGAUUAUUUGAUAAUUUUUUUUCUGGUGUAACUUAUACUUAUUAGCUGGCAUAUGAAUAAACUGAAAUAAAUAACAUUAUUAAACAUGUAGAA